AUGUCCGUUGUCCUUUGGGUCCGGGUUGGCCGAUCGCUGACGGUUUACCUCGCGCCAUCGGCGGGCGGCCCUGUUGCGCCGCGUGCAAGCCUGCUGCGCCCGGCACAGACCGCGGAUAUAUGCCAGCAUCUGGCGCCCACUUGCGUCCACAUCGGCGGCGAGUGUCUGCGCUGGUGCACCCGCCUGCUCCGGCGCAUGCUCGAAUACCACAUGGGCAUCAUGCUCGGGUCGCUGCGCAGAACCAUGCCUAACGCAAGACAGCCCCUCUCGCAGGCUUGGGCAAUCGCCGCGAAGUGGUGGUGGUACGGCGUGGCCGCGCUCCUCGGGUGGAACGCGGGUGACAUCGCAGACGAGGGCCGUCCGCUGUGGGCGGCAGCCGAAGAGUUCGACCCACCCGAGGAGCAGGACUACGAGUCGGCAGGUGACAUUCUCGCACACGGCAGCAAGGCAUCCGUCCUCAUGGCGCCGUGGAGCAGACGCGAGCUGGAGGCCGAGGACGCGAAGACCGCCAUCCCCGCCAAGGGGAAGCAGCAGAAGAAGCGCAAGCCGAGCAAGAAGAGUGACCUGUUCAGUUGGGUUCAGGGCGGGGUGAUGAACGCCGUGAGUUUCCUCUGGUUACGACGGUCGGCGGGUGGCUCCCUGGCAAUGUGUUUCCUGGGAUGGCGGGCCUGGAGGGUGCUGGGGCUCGGUUCUGUCCUCCAGACCGUCUACGAAUCCGUGUUGGCCGCGGGUGAGGUUGCUGAGGGAGCUCAUGAAUGGUAUGAGAAGGCCGAGGAGAUGUACGAAUCGGGAGAGCUCGAGCAGGUCGGGAUGGCGCUCGGAGUCGGCAUCGCGGCACUCUACCUAGGGUACUUGGUGAUCAGCAGCGGGGCAGGCCUGGGGCGACUGUGGAAGGUGUGCGAGAGCGACAGCGAGAGCGAGGCCUCCGACUCAGAGGUCAUGGUGGGAACGACGGUGGCGGACUCGGACGACGAGCCCGACUCACGGCACUUGUUCGCGGAGCUGGCAAGAGGGCAGAACACGCUACAGGCUUCUGUCGCCGCGCUGGCCGACCUACUGGGCCAGAGGGGCAAGGGUGAAGGGCACCUGUACUUCAGGGAGGGGGCGUACGAGCAGCCGUCGCCCUUGGAGCAGCUGAUCGCCUUCGAGGUCGCCAAGCUCUUCCACAGGGAGGGGCUGAUCUUCACGGCGGUGAUGACGGCGGAGGCGGAGGUCGAGGUGCUCUGGGAGGAUCUCACCAGGCUCGAGGACGUCUUCACUUUUCGGACGGCCACGGAGACUGGGUGCCUGACGAUGGUUACGAACGACGGGCGCUUCGGGGCCCUGCAGUGCGAGCAGGAUCGCAAAGCAGUGCAGGUGGAGGCGACGGAGUUCAGGUACGACUCGAAGUGGAGGACUACCUACUGCGAGCAGGUGCUGAAGAUCGAGCCGCGCUGGGACAUGACCCUGCGCUACUGCGAGUACGACGGGGCCUACCACGUCGACAUGGUGAGUGGUCACCGCGCCGACGAGUUGGUGGAGUACGAGGACGUCGACUACGAGGAGCUCUACUGGACCCUGGAGACGCUGGCGGCGAAUCGGGGCGUUGGACCCAGGCCGUCCUGGAGCUGGCUGCUGGUUAUCUUGGGCGGCCUACACGGAGCGGGUGCAGCGCUGACUCUCAUCAUCCUGGACCUGUGCCACGCCGGGUGUGUCCAUGAGGCGUGCGCGGUCGCGGUGCAGCUCGACGGCUGGCUACGUGAGCAGGUACUGAUGGAGCUGACGAAGUGCGUGCUGCUCACCCUCGCCGAGGAUCUCGCAGAUGAUGAGCUCGUCUUCCCGAUCACCCCCGACAAGUAUCGCAGGGAUAAUGUGCAGCUGCCAGAGAAGUGUUCUUGCAUGUUCACGCUCGUCACGUUGUUGUCCUUGAGAUGCCUCAGGAAGCUGUCUGCAUUCUGGGGCGUGAUCAUCACUAACUUUGUCUUGGUAUGA